AUGUCUAGCUGCCAUUGCGGAUGCCAAAACCAAGGAUGCCCAUGCGGUUCAGGAUGCAAUUGCCCACCAACAUGUGCUUGCCAUCGUGGUGGAGAAUGUUGCGCUAAGAAAGGAUGCACAUGUGGAUGCCUUCAAGGCGGAAAGUGCCAUUGCCAUGAGAAUGGUGCAAAGUGCCAAUGUGGAUCUGGUUGCCAGUGUGGCUCAAAGUGCUCAUGCGGUCCUGAUUGCCAUUGCCCACCUAACUGCGCUUGCCACAGAGGUGGUGAAUGCUGCGCAAAGAAGGGAUGCCAAUGUGGCUGCCUUCAGGGUGGUGAAUGCAACUGUGGAAAGUAA